AUGGCACGCAAAGGUACAGCAAAGCUCUCGGAACUGCAUAGUAUUGAGGGAAACAUUCAAAAGGUUUGGGAAGAUGAGCAUCAAUUUGAAGUUGAUUCUGCCUCCCCCGAUGGGCAAAAGGAGAAAUAUUUUGUUACCUUUCCUUAUCCAUACAUGAAUGGGCGCCUGCAUAUCGGGCAUGCUUUUUCCCUUAUGAAAGGCGAGUACGCGGCUGGUUUCCAGGCACUGAAGGGAAAAGCAGUUCUUUGGCCUAUUGGCUUCCAUUGCACUGGCACACCCAUUAAAGCCUCUGCUGACAAGUUGGCUCGGGAAAUUGAGCUCUUUGGCUGUCCUCCUGAUUUUCCCACCGCAAAUGGAGAGGCUACAAACUUUAGUGAGUCUAAGCCUGAGGCAAUCGACAAAUCAAAGAGUAAAAAGAGCAAAGCCGUCGCCAAAACUGGGGGUAUGAAGUACCAAUGGCAGAUCAUGAAAUCAUUGGGAAUUCCCGAAGAAGAUAUCCCCAAGUUUACCGGCCCUAACUACUGGGUCGAAUAUUUCCCUUUUUGGUGUUUGCACGAUCUUCAGCGUUUGGGUCUUAAAACAGAUUGGCGGCGCUCAUUCAUCACUACUGAUGCCAAUCCCUAUUAUGACUCAAUGGUCCGUUGGCAGUUUCUGCAUCUAAGGAAGCACAAUAAAGUUGCCUAUGGGAAACGCUACACAAUAUUUUCACCAAAAGAUAAUCAGCCCUGUAUGGAUCACGAACGAACCGCUGGUGAAGGUGUUUGUCCCAUGGAGUAUACCCUUAUUAAACUAGAAAUAAUCUCAAAGGAAGUUUUGAAGGGAAAGGAAAAGGUUUAUCUCAUGGCUGCAACCCUGCGCCCAGAGACGAUGUACGGACAAACCAACUGUUGGCUUCAUCCCACCAUUGAAUAUGCGGUUGUCCGCUCAAAACGAUUCUCCUCUCUCUUCAUACUUACUCAUCGGGCUGCACUUAAUAUGGCCUAUCAGGACCUGCUGGACCCCGAGCAACCGGGUAAUGUCGACGUAUUAACCACACUGACAGGCGAGGAGCUCUUUGGCCUGCGUUUGAAGGCGCCGCUAAGUGUUUACAAAGACGGAAUCUACACGCUACCUAUGCUCUCCAUCUCCUCCACUAAAGGGACUGGUGUGGUAACCAGUGUACCCAGUGAUUCUCCCGAUGACUUUGCCACGCUGCGCGAUCUUAAAAACAAGAAGGCUUUCCGGGAGAAGUACGACAUAACCGACGAAAUGGUGCUUCCAUUUGAACUGGUGGAGAUAAUAGAGACUCCGGGAUUGGGUAGACUAGCCGCACCCAAGAUAGUAGAGGAAAUGAAGAUCGCGAGUCAAAACGAUCAUGACAAACUCCGGGAGGCCAAGGAGAAGGUCUACAAGCUUGGAUUUUACGAUGGUGUCCUGCUCAUGGGCACACACGCCGGUCAGAAAGUGCAGAAUGCUAGGAAGUUGAUCCAACAAGAACUUAUUGAAGAGAAUUCAGCCCUUAUUUACUACGAACCAGAGAAGCCAGUUGUGACGCGCUCUGGCGAUGACGCUGUGGUCUCGCUCUGUAACCAGUGGUAUCUCGACUACGGCAACAAGGACUGGAAGGCGAAGACGCGCAAAGCCCUCACUGCGGUCAAUAUGACUGAUGAAGCCCGCAAUAGCAUCGAUGCCACCCUCAACUGGCUGCAAGAACACGCUUGUUCACGCACAUACGGUUUGGGCACGCGUUUGCCGUGGGACGAGAAAUGGAUCAUUGAAUCUCUUUCGGAUUCGACCAUCUAUAUGGCCUACCAAACUAUCGCUCAUCUUCUUCACGGCGGAAACCUUGAUGGAUCCUCCCGUGGUCCACUCAACAUAUACCCAGAACACAUGACUCCGGGGGUGUGGGACUACGUCUUUUUGGGCAAAGGCGAUCCCACGAAACUCGCGAAUGAGCGCUAUACAACCGUCACCGUGGCUUCGCUGCAACAUCUGCGCAAGGAAUUUCUUUACUGGUAUCCCGUAGAUCUGCACGUCAGUGGCAAGGAUCUACUGCCUAACCACCUUACCUACUACCUCUACAACCACGUUGCAAUGUGGCCCGAGGAUCCCCAACUCUGGCCCAGGAGUAUUUUUGCCAACGGUUUACUACUACUCAACUCUGAAAAGAUGUCCAAAUCGACUGGGAAUUUCUUGACGCUUUCCGAUGCGAUAGACAAGUAUUCCGCCGAUGGGCUACGCCUAGCACUGGCCGACGCUGGCGACACCCUCGAGGACGCCAAUAUGGAGGAGUCGAUGGCUGAAGCCGGUCUUCUUAGACUCUACUCACUCUACGAGUGGAUAAACACAGCCAUUCAGGCUUUGAAGAACCCUACUGCCGCCGACUUCAGAACUGGCCCUCUGAAUCUUCAUGCUGAUAAAGUAUUUGAAAAUGAUCUGCGUCGGACCGUUAUAAGUGCUGACAAGCAUUACUCGGCUCAGAACUACAAAGAGGCUCUACGAGUUGUUUUCUACGAAUUUAUUGCCUGCAAGGACCGCUAUCGCGAAGUGUGUCAGAAGCGUGGAAUGCACGCGAGUCUAAUCAGGCGGUACAUUGACCUACAGACAAUCCUCCUCUCACCCAUCUGCUCGCAUGUAUGCGAGCACAUCUGGCGCAAUCUCCUUGGUCACGAACAAAGCAUUUUCAAGUCCACCUGGCCUAAACAAGUCGAGGUGGUCGAUCCCAAGAUUCUUGCUGAAGGUCGCUACUUGGAUGACGUGGCGCGCUCCUUCCGUCUUCAACUGAAGCAAGCUCUCACUGUGCGAGGACCCAGGGGCAAAGGAAGUGGUGGUGUGAAGACGCAGUAUCAGGCGCCGCAAAAACAACCGCCUAAGCAACCCACUAAUGCCAUUGUCUGGGUCGCCAGAGCCUACCCAACUUGGCAGGCAACGAUCUUGAAUGUGCUACACUCCCUGUUGACGAAGGCGGAUGGAUUGCCGGACAACGCGACAGUCUUGCAGGCUCUACAGCCCCACAUGAAGUCGUUAGGCAAGCAGGCAAAGCGAGCGAUGCCCUUCGUUCAGUUGGUUCGUGAACGCUUCCUUUCCAACGGCGAGCAGACAUUAAAUGUGAGGUUGGAAUUAGAUGAACAGGCCGUUCUGGAAGCGAACCGUGAUUACCUCGUUGCCAAUCUCGGCCUUGAUGCCGAUGGAUUAGAGAUUCGGGAUGCAGCCAUGUCGGACGAUGUGAAGGUGAAAGAAUCCGUCUGUCCAAUGGAACCAAUGAUAGUGUUUCAAACGCCGACACCAGGGGUUGGCGUCUCUCUAGUCAAUCCUGCUGUGGGAUCGGGCCUCUUUUCUGUAGAAACUCUUCAAAUCCACGAUGGCGACACGGUGGACCAGGUCACCAAGCGUCUACUCAAAGUCUGCCGCUCCACCACGACCACUGGUCAGGCCGUGGAGGAGUUGCUCCUCUACCGAUACUUGAACCCACUGAAAGACUCUCGAGCAAUGCCUCCGGUGCCGACGGAAAGAUUGUCCAAGCUUCACCCCACCGACAAAUUCCUUGUCGAUGCGUCUGUCGGUAGUAUCACCGUUUCCAUGGAAGGCGACAAAGUCGCCGAAGUUGGCGAUAAGCUUGUCUACACCAAUGCAGUGCACCCGCUGAAUUGA